AAAAUGGCUGCGCCCGUGGUAUACAGCCGUCGGUGACCGGUGCUCUGAAUCAUUCUGAUUCGUGAACAAGUGAGAAUACCAUGACAACUACAUCACUAAGGAAGGGCCUCCUGGGAGUUUUUCUGCAGAAAUCUUCCUCAAACUGGCUCAAUCGUUGCAUCUCUUGUCACACCAAGCAGUCUUUUUCCUUCGCAGCAACCCAUAAGAAAGAACGCAGAUGUAGAGUAGGCUUACAUCGAGGGCUACAUACUGAGAAAACAGAGUGUAUUCAGGAGAAAGAUGCACCAAGAGAACUCAAGUUCGCUCAGUUGACGGGACGAGGGCUGCUGAGAAUAAGCGGCCCUGAUGCAACAGAACUCCUCCAGGGUUUACAGACCAAUGAUACUGGGUUACUCUGGGGUAGGAACGGAGUCAUGUACACGAUGUUUCUCAAUACACAGGGUCGGAUUCUGUUUGAUGUGAUUUGUUAUCAUAUGGCCAGCCAAGACGCAAAAGAGCACACUUACCUGCUAGAAUGUGACGCAGAGGUGCAAGGGAAGCUAGCCAAACAUUUAAAAAUGUUUAGAAUAAGAAAAAAGGUUGAUAUAUCCAGCGCAGAUGCCGAGCUCAAACCAUGGGCGCUGUUCAACAACAACUUUCCCAGUCAGGGUACCGAGGAGCCAGCAGCUAAGAAUUGUGACGGCUACUUUGCCGACGUCAAAGACCCACGAGUGGCUGGCUUUGGGAGGAGGCUUGUACUGGCCCAAGAUGAGUCCCUGACUUGUCUUGUGCCAGAUGCCACUGAGGCAAGUGUUGACGAAUACAGACUUCACAGAUACCGGUGGGGAGUGCCAGAAGGGGUGAUAGACCUACCCCAGGGGGAGUCCCUACCCCUGGAAUCCAACCUAGAAUACAUGAACGGUGUGAGUUUCAGCAAAGGGUGUUACUUGGGCCAAGAGUUAACGGCAAGAACACAUUACACAGGAGUGAUUAGGAAGAGGAUUAUGCCUGUUGAGAUUCUCAGCCACGGAACAUCUCAUCUUGAAACAGGAGCUAAAAUCAUCAAUGAGGAAGGCAAGAAUGUUGGGAAACUGCGAGGUUGCCAUGGGAACCAUGGGUUAGCUUUGCUACGAGUGGCUAAAUGUAAAGACAAGAAGCUGUUAAUACUUGGAGAGGAUGGAAGCCGUACGGAGUUAGUCGCCAGCGUGCCGUCAUGGUGGCCCCAAGACCAGGAAGAAACAAAAGACUAAAAGCCAACUCUGGAUGUUUGCGAAUAAAGCUGAAACCUUACAAAAAAAUACUUUGGUUUCCUGUAAUCUGACUGACUGUUCAAAAACCCGCUGACCUUGUGAUGCUAUAAAAAAAGUAUAAAUAAUAAUAGUAUUGUCACUUUUAAAAUAAUAAUAAUAUGAGUUGUUUAUUCCUACAAAUAAUGUGUUUAGAAAUGAAAAAAAAAAUAGACCCAUAUACCUUCAGUUCUUUUAUCGUUGCCCUAAAUUAUUUAAAGACGGUAGGCUACUUGGUUUAAUAGCCCCCAUUUAUUACAAUGUGUGCACAAAUUUAUAUGCAUGCCUUUGAUUCUUGCAUUUCGGUGCAGUCUGCAAGAUAUUGCGGGAACCAGUUGUGUACCCCUGCAAUCUUUGGCAGGCACAGGUGAUUGGAACCAACCAACCCUAACUUAACGAUCUUCUUUGUUCAUCAUAAUUUUGUGCAGUUAUAAACAGUUUUAUUGAUUUUGAUCUAUUACCAAAAUGAUGAUCAAGGCACAUAUUAUUAUUCGCUUAGCAGAAAAAAUGUUGGCCCUUAAGCCGCGCUAUGAACAUGUUUAUUUUAUAUUUUUAUGGCAGUGACCAUUUCAAAAUGAAAAUGGCCUUGCCCUCUCAAAGACACUUGGGCCUGACCUUAUUUACCGUCCCUACACAUGGCAGCUCUGUAAAAAGGAAGUCGCACUGUUACGUUAGCAAAAAACUGACCCCAAGUUCGUUGGAAGUUCUGUGAAAUAGUGUCCACCUGCAGGAACAUUAAUUCACCUGCAAUUUGGCUGCAUCAAUUUUAAUAAACAAUAUUAAAAACAACUUUAUUUACUUCAUGGUUUCUUACAAAAAACAUCAAGGCCAAAUUUUAUAGAGCUGCACAAAAAGAAUUUAAGCAAAACAAAAUAAGGUUACCAGCCAAAAAACGAUGUCACAUGUGAUUGUCAUCCUGCUCCGGCACUUGCUAAGCAGGAAUUGUUUUGACAGUAUUUAAUGCUAAAGCAGCUCUAUGAAAUUGGGUAUUGAAGGUGAAAUGUUUAUAGAAAUAUUGUCACUAUAAUAUCUGAUACUCCUUCAAUGUCUAUUUUGUGCUAAAAAUCAAAACUUGUAUUGUCGAAAUAGACUUUAAUUCUUUUAUUAAGACUCUUUCGUAUUCACAUAAUUCACCAGACAUUAGGGCGAUGUCUUUCAAUAGAUACUACAAAUUCUUAAUGUUUGUGUGACAUUUUGAUUUUGUCUCGUUAAUUCUCAACAUUUUUGAUGUCAUCAGCUUUCUUUAAAGUAGUUGCCAAACAAAGUGUGGAAUAUAUUAAAAUAUGACAAUGUAACAAAAACAGAAAUAAAAGAAGACAACUUUAAGUGCU